GAAUCCUCAGCACCUCGAUGCUCCGUUGGUCAUUACCUCUGCUCUUCCUCUUCUGCUCUUCAGUCUUGGACUCUGCUGCCCACAGUCUGGGGGGGUUUUCGGGAAACGGACUCGUCCAGCCCAUGAAUGUGUCACCUCGGCAGUGGAGGCCCUGCGGCUGCAGAAUAAGAGCGAAGGAGACUAGUCUUCGGUUCUCUGCAAGCAGAUGGCACGCGGCAUGUCCCGCUUCACUCUCCAGAUUUCCCAGCUGCCAUGAAAACGAUCAAGCCCACACUUCCACGAGCUGUCUGAAUGUUUGUAAGGAGCAUAACAUCCUGGGGAGAGAGGUGAGGCACAACGGCUGCCCCCAACCACAACACCACCCUCGCCGGAAUGGUGCUUGCGGAGCACCGUGCAGCAUGGCCAUGGGAGGCGCUUCCAGCUCUGCGUUCCUGCUUCUCCUAGCCCUGAUCAGUGGCGGCACUGCGUGGGCCCAGCGGGCAGGGUGCAAGAGCGUCGACUAUGACCUGGUGUUCAUCUUGGACACAUCCUCCAGCGUCGGCCGGGGCGAUUUUGAGAAGGUCCGCCGGUGGGUCUCCAACCUGGUGGAGACCUUCGAGAUCGGGCCUGACCGGACGCGUGUGGGCGUGGUGCGCUACAGCGACCGGCCGGCCGGCGAGUUCCAGCUGGGCACGUUCGGCACCCGGGAGGCGGUCCAGGCGGCCGCCGGGGCCAUCGCCUACCACGGCGGCAACACCAACACCGGGGACGCCCUGCGCUAUGCCGCCGGCACCGCCUUCUCCCCCGCGGCCGGAGGGCGACCCGGCCACCGCGCCGUCCAGCAGGUGGCCAUCCUCCUGACGGAUGGCCGGAGCCAGGACGAGGUGGCGGGAGUGGCGGCGGCGGCGCGGGGGGCCGGGAUCCGCAUCUUCGCCGUGGGGGUUGGGGCGGCCCUGAGGGAGGAGCUGGACGAGAUCGCGUCCGAGCCCAAGUCGGCCCACGUGUUCCACGUGUCUGACUUCGAUGCCAUCGACAGGAUCCGUGGGGAGCUGCGCCGCCGGAUCUGCCAGAAUGUGCUGUGCCCCAGUGUCCGGCUGGAAGGUGACCGAUUCAAGCACACCAGCGGGGAGACGGAUGGGAUCACAGGUUUUGACCUGAUGGAGCUGUUGAGCGUGAAGGAUGUGUUGGGAAAGAAGGAGUCUGGAGCUCAGAGCGCCUACGUCCGCAUGGGCAGCUUCCCCGUCGUGCAGAGAACAGAGGCAGUGUUCCCCCAAGGCCUCCCCGACGAGUAUGCAUUUGUGGCCACCUUCCGCUUCCGCAAAGCUUCACGCCACGAGGACUGGUACAUCUGGCAAGUGAUCGACAAGUACGGCAUUCCGCAGGUGUCCGUCCGGCUGGACGGCGAGAACAAGGCCGUGGAAUUCAGCGCCGUGGGGGCUACGCAAGAUGCUGUGAGGGCGGUGUUCCGUGGCACCCCGGUGAGCCACCUGUUUGACCGGAAUUGGCACAAGCUGGCCCUGAGCAUCCAGGCAGGGAAUGCCUCCCUGUAUGUGGACUGCCGACCUGUGCGGACUCUGCCCCUCGCGGACAGAGAGAACAUCGGGAUCAGAGGGCGGACCGUCAUCGGCAAGCGGCUCUAUGAUAGCGUGCCUGUGGACUUCGAUCUUCAGCGCAUCGUCGUUUACUGUGACGCGCGACAUUCUGCGUUGGAGACUUGCUGCGACCUCCCCUCGGGGCCGUGCCAGGUGACGGUCGUGACGGAGCGUACUGGGACAGAGAAGCCUCCCGUGGUCAGCGGUGAGCAGGUCGGCUUUCUGAAGACUGAAGUCAACUGCUCCUGUCCUGCUGGGGAAAAGGGUGACAGGGGUGAAGCUGGUCCCGGGGGACCCCGAGGACAGAAGGGAGAGGUUGGGCCACCCGGCUUAGGAGGGGCUGUUGGCCCCAAGGGAGAGAAAGGAGCCUCGGGUGGAGCAGCAGCGUUGGCCAAAGGAGAGAAAGGUGAACAGGGACCAGAAGGGCGACCUGGGACUCCUGGCCCAGAAGGAGAGAAGGGAUCCUUGGGCCGGCCUGGGCCCCCUGGAAGGGAAGGAGUCAAAGGUGCCCGUGGGGAGCCCGGGCCACCAGGAGGAUGGACACUGCCUGGCUUUGAGGGCUCGAAGGGAACAGUGGGGCACCCAGGACCACCAGGACAUGCUGGGGCUCCGGGUCUCCAGGGACAACGAGGAGAACGGGGGUCUCCAGGGGAGAAGGGAGAACGAGGCCUGGACGGUUUUCCCGGAAAGCCAGGACUGGAAGGAAAAGAGGGCAGUCCGGGUCCCCGGGGGGCACCGGGCCCCCCAGGAGAGAAGGGAGAAGUGGGACCAGCCGGGCCUCCUGGUCUACCAGGCUUCUUGGCACCAAUGGGCAGCUUGAAAGGAGAGGUGUUGAAACGGGGAGACCCCGGACUUCCUGGAGAGAACGGAUUGCCCGGAUCCCCGGGCCCACAAGGACCCCCCGGACGCCCUGGCCCCCCUGGUCCCGUUGGACCCCGGGAUCGCCUGGAAAGACCGGGGAAGAUGGACAGCCGGGACUUCCAGGACUCAAGGGGGAAGCUGGUGUUCCAGGCCCAGCCGGCAGAGAUGGUGAAAAAGCGGGAUGUGGAGUCUCAUCAGCCCCAAGGCGAUACUGGAGAGACCCAACUGGGCUGGACCUUACUCCAAACUCAAGUCUGCACCCCGACUCUGCUUCAAUUGGGCGACUCUGGAGCACCCGGUCCCCCCGGCCCUCCGGGCUCGGGGGCCACUGGGCCCAAGGGAGAUAAAGGAGAUCACGGCUCCAUUGGAGAGAUGGGGCCACGGGGUCUCCCAGGGGAAGAGGGACGGAGAGGACCUGCGGGACCCCCGGGCCCAAAGGGACAAGACGGAGCCAGAGGGGAACCCGGAGUCCCGGGAGCAGGGGGACCUCCAGGACCCUCAGGUCUCCCAGGUGUCCGGGGCCUUCCUGGAGCUGGGGGGGCUCCGGGGGCCAAGGGCCAGCCAGGAGAAGCUGGACAGAAAGGAGACGAGGGACCCCCGGGGUCGGAGGGACCACCUGGACCUCGAGGGGAGCCCGGCAUGCCUGGGGCAGUGGGACCCCCUGGAAAGGGUCAAGAUGGAGAGCCGGGCCACCGUGGAGCUCCCGGGGUGCCAGGACCCCCAGGACAGAAGGGGGACCGAGGAGCUGCUGGGAUCCCUGGCCGGGCUGGCGAGAGAGGAAACCCAGGACUCGGGGCAGCGGGUCCCCCCGGUCCUCCCGGGCUGCAAGGAGACGCAGGGCCACCGGGACCACGAGGCUUCCCUGGUUUCCCUGGUCCCCAGGGUCCAGCUGGUCAGGAGGGAUCACCGGGAAACCCGGGGGAACGAGGGCCACCUGGAAAACCAGGCCCUGCACAGAUCCUGACCCCUGGGGACAUAAACCUCUUGGUGAAGGACGUGUGUGGCGACUGCCCCCCGGGAGCCCCAGGACUCCCUGGCCUGCCAGGGUUCAAGGGGGACAAAGGGGUCCCGGGGUCACCUGGAAAAGAGGGUACUGAAGGCAAAAAGGGGGACACUGGCCUCCGAGGACUUACUGGACCCCCGGGAGAGACUGGCCUGAAGGGCUCUAAAGGAGAGCAGGGAGCAGAUGGUGAGGCUGGACUCAAAGGCGAACAGGGCCAUCCCGGUGUGCCUGGAGUUGUGGGUUCCCCAGGGAGCCCGGGGCCCCCCGGAGCAGAUGGCGUGUCUGGACCGGCUGGCCCGCCAGGGAUCCCAGGAGCCACAGGGAAGGAUGGUGUGCCAGGCCCCCAGGGCCCCCCCGGAUUGCCGGGACUACCCGGUGAAGGCGGAAAGGAGGGCGAAGAUGGAAAACCAGGGCCCCAGGGGGAUCCGGGCCCGGCAGGAGAACCAGGAGGCCCAGGGCCAGAUGGGGCCAGAGGACUACCAGGUUUCAAGGGCCACACAGGCGAUCCAGGCCUACCUGGCUCUAGGGGUGAACCAGGCAUGGUGGGUGCCCCAGGCCGGGAAGGUUCGCCGGGGAAAGAUGGUGACACCGGACCCGUCGGCCCUCAGGGCCCCCGGGGACAGAGGGGGCCAGCAGGUAAGAGUGGCUCACCCGGCCCCCCAGGAGAACCUGGCCCAGCAGGACCCCCGGGUCUGAAAGGGACCAGAGGAGAGAAUGGCAGCCCGGGUCUCCCUGGAUUCCUGGGCCCCCGAGGCCCUCAGGGUGAAGUUGGAGAGAAGGGGAUGCCCGGCAAAGAGGGUGCCCCUGGGAUACCAGGUGGGCAAGGAGCCAAAGGAGAAAGGGGUGAUCCAGGAGUUCAAGGUAGCAAGGGAACCCGGGGUGAGAAGGGCCAGUCCGGAGAGCCUGGACUUCCAGGCCAUAAAGGCCACACUGGUUCCCCGGGCCCUCACGGACCUCCAGGAGAGAAUGGCCCAGCCGGACCCCCGGGACCCCCCGGACAGCCAGGCUUCCCUGGACCGCGGGGAGAGUCCCCGUCGUCAGACAUGCUGCGACGCCUGAUCCAGGAGGAGUUGGGGAAACAGCUGGAGGCCAAAGUAGCCUACAUCCUGGCUCAGAUGCCCCCCUCCCAUAUCAAAGCCUCCCAGGGGCGGCCUGGGCCUCCGGGACCUCCCGGAAAGGACGGGCUUCCGGGCAGGGCGGGACCUCCGGGAGAGCCAGGCCAGCCAGGCCAGGUGGGUCAGGAAGGGCCAGCAGGGCCGACGGGCCCCAAAGGGGAUCGCGGGGCCUCGGGGGAAAGAGGGGAGCCUGGCGUCGGCCAACGAGGAGAAGUUGGGUCCCCGGGCCUCCCUGGCCAACCAGGGGAGCCCGGUUACGGCAAGGAUGGACUCCCGGGGACCCCCGGCCCUCGGGGAGAAGCCGGACUCGCUGGUCUUCCAGGUCCACAGGGCCCCCCCGGGCCUCGCGGGCAAUGUGACCUCUCUCAAUGUGCUUACAUGGCCAGCCUCGCAGGGCAGCCCAGCAAUAUCAAAGGGCGAUAGGAGCUGAGGUUGCCUGUCUGGACUGACUCCUGGAUGCUGAACAUGGAGCGGGCCUGAAGAGGGCUAGCCCCUGGGCCGCUGGAUCACCUACCUGGCUUUUCUGCUUGGUUUGUUCUCCAGGGGAGGCCGAGGGGGGUCCUGUGUAAUGAUGCAAAUGUCGGCCAGGUGAUCAUUCAUACUAUCAUUAUUAUUAUUAUUAUUAUCAUUGUUGUUAUUUUGAGUCGUUUCACAGGCCCCUGAGGUCUGACCCAUGACCCCUCUCCUCCCUGUGGGCUGUCAUCUUGUUUCAUCUGUUGUGCUGCCUGAAUGCGGCGUAGGCUCUGUUUCUGGGAAGAUUUUCCCACUAUUUCAGGGGAGACUCAGAUUGAUUUAGGCUCGCUGCUGCGCAGCCUCCAGGCUGACAGGGACCUGGGGACCAGAUAAAUCAGGGGGCCCAAAACUGCCCAGGGAAAGAGAAGGGUGCCAGAAAUUGGAGCGCAGGCAGCACCUGUUCUGCUUGGAUAGACCUACGGCACGGGACGUGAUUAGGGUCUCCCCCUCGUUUGUCGACUCCCUGGCCUGAUGUGUGCAGUGGCACCUAGACCUCAGGGAAGUCUGGGGAGGUUGGAUGUGGGCCCAGACAGACUGGCACUGGUGGUGGGCAGGAUGACAGUACCUGUUCUCCUGGAAGCCAGUCACGAUGACUGAGGGCCCUCCCCUACUCCAGCCCAGGGUUGGUCCCGUCCAACAGGAUCCAUACCAUCCAAGAACCUCCCCACCUGACUCAAAUUCUGUACCCUGGCUACCUGGGUGGUCAUCUUCCUUCCCUUGUGACAGGAGGAGAGGUCAGCAAAGAGUCUGGGCUGUUGGCUCGCUGUCAGUCCGGCCCCCAGGGGUCUCCAGAUGAACCCUGGCCUCACCAGUGAAGGGGAGGGAAUGGGGGUGGUUGCCACCAGGUGCUCCUGAGCCAAUGGAGCUUUGCUGGGCCCAUCCAGCUUUCAUUCCACUUCCUCCGGGCUCUGAGAUGGAACUGAGAACUGGGCCACUUGCAGAGGUGAAGAGGUUGCGUUCUGAAAAUCUUUUUAGUACAGUGCCUCACAGUCUCUUGACUUCUGACCUCCAGAGGUGGGGGGAAGUUUUCCGUGGAGAUUUCACUGGUCAUCUGGCUGGAGUUGGAGAAGCCACAUGGAGCCCUUGUUCACAUUGGACAUGCCGGCUGGAUUUUUCCCUCUGUGGCUGGGCACUGCCAAUAGAGGACUGACUUCCUCCUUUGACCCUGGCUUCAAGCUCUCGGGGUUAUGCCACAGCCGAGCGAGAGCUCUGAAAAGCCAUGUUCAUCCUGGCCAGGGUCCGAAACAAAGCUGGACAUGCAGAGAAAUCAUCUCAUCAGCCAUUGGGGACUGGAACCAGAGACACUGGGACUGAAUAACUUUGCUUCUUCUGGGAGUUUGCCUCUGCUCAACCUGUCCCUCCCCAUCCUGCCCCGAAGAAUGGUUCCCAGGCAUCUCUCCACCCACUGCCCUCCACCCCGGGUCUGACUGGCCAGCCCAGCUCUCUGUGUAAUGGACAGAAGCCACCUGCAGCCAAAGUGGGGCUGGUUGUGGAUCAGUCCACGGGCAACAGUGGCCACUGCCCUGGAUGGAGGCUGGACUGGGAGGUGGACUGUCCUGUGUUUGCUGGGAUGGGGUUGCUGCUGUCUGAUGGGCUGGUUUCCAACCUUGCCAGCACUCUGGGGGACCUCUGUCCCCAGCCCAGUCCUCCAAGGGAGGAGACUGGCCCCUAGGAACCCCAAAGACCCUCCUCCAGUCCUACCAGCUCUCCUCUUACUACUCAGGGAGCAGGGUAGACAUCAAAGGGCAUGGCCAGUGUGAGGUUUCAUUUUACCUUCCACCCCUGUGAAGAGAUCACCUGAAGGAAGCUUUGUCCAGCCUCCAGAUGCUGUUGUUUAUUGUUGUUGUGAAUCUGAUUCAGUAAACUCAUUACAACUGGA